GUGCCGGAGGAUUUAUACAAGGCUGUUCAACAAAGGACUCCGAAUGAACACAUAUUUGUGGAAUACGGAAAAGAAGUAAAGCGAGUUGUGACUCCACCCCUACCCAUACCAUUGGAUCAGCUGAGACAGAAGAUAAUAGCCACAUUUGGAGACGCCCUAACAGCUGAUAUGGUCCCACUUAAAGCACUGUAUAUACAGGAUUCUCAGACCAAGAUAUUUUAUCAGCUCGAUGAUCACAGCGAUGUUAUUAAAGGAUCCCACCUGAAGCUGCACGAGGAACUAGUGAUAAAGAACAUUGACCGUGGCAGCUCCCAAUCUCUUGAGGAUCUCAACAACUCCUCCAACUCGUCUCUAUCCUCUGGAGGAGGGUUCGUUAUCCCUGCUACUCCUGUCUCCCUUCCCACCAAACCCACUAAACGUCCCGGAAAGUACGUGAUUAUACCGCACAAUAGGCGACGUAAUGAUUGUGCCAGAAGAAAAUCCAGACUAAGUUUGGUGGAAGAAAGAUUGUCGAUGAUAACACACGAGAUAAAUACCAUUCAUAAAAGUGACACCUGCUCCGAGGUCUCUAGUCAAACAGAUUUGCCGGCGAUAAUUCCCGACACAAAACCAACUCUCUCCCACCUACACAGCAUAAUAAAAACCCUGUAUCACAAUCUUCAAGAAACCAAAUCAGAACUCAUGUUGCUCAAACGAAGAGAGCUAGAAUCCAAGGCGGAAAUGGAUGAGAUUAUCAAAAGUACAGCGGAGGAGAUAACGAGGCAGAUCCAGGCAGCCAUGCCUAAAGGGAUCAGGGGGCAGAGAAUGGAGGCUGACAAAGUUGAGGCAGAGUAUAGACAGAUCUCCGAAGAAACUUACUCGAAUAUAAAAGAUUUAGAACGAACAGUUGAUGUGUUGAAAACAGAUGUAGUGAAAAGAAAAGUAAGGUUGGACCCAGUUCAGCUGGAAUCCAUGGAGAAGGAACUGCAAUCCUACUCUCAAAAUGUUACUCACAUGAACACAACAUUUGACACGCUGAAAGAGUCACUAAAGAAGGUAAUGAAAGAGGAGCUGGAGAUCAUAGUGAACGAGGAACAGUUUCUCGAGGACGAAGAACCGAUGUUGGAGGAUGUCACUGUAAAGUGCGAGGAGCUGGAACGAGUCGUAGAAACUCUUAAAAAGGUUGCAGCAAUGCAGCAAGAGCAGGGUUCGAACCCUCUUGCAAUCUACACGUCUAGUGAGUAUGACAUAAUGGAGGAGAGGCACGGAGUGAUGCAAGCUAUCGCUGCUCUGGUUCCUAACCAUGACGAACGUAUCUUGAGUAUACAGGCUACUGAAGAGAUUCGUGCCGUCCAAAAGAAAUUUCAGAAAUCAGAUAGCGACUACGUAGUAGAGGAAAUCCAGUUCAAAUCUCAGAAUCUUCGCAAGACAAACGCGUUCGAAGAGCUGGAGAAGAAACGAGAAGAGGCUCUGAAAGCAAUGUACAGCGCCCAACCACCGCCCCACAAGUUUGGGAGGAAAUCUUCUCAGCCGGCCCAAUUCAAUAGCUCGACCUUAGAACGCAAAAUGAGCAUCAGCAAGUGUAAGAGCAUGUCUAGCAUCGCAAAUAACGAGGAAGAUUCCAGAAACUUCAAUUAUAGUAACACUGACUCAGAUAACGAGAGUUCACCUCAAGUGACCCAUUUGUCAUCUCAAAGUGCUGUUAACAUGAAACGUUCUCAGUCCUUCACCAAGGACAAAGACAAGCACCAUUCGUCCGAGGACGAGAAAACUAAGAAAAAGACUGUAUUCGGAUUCUUCAGUAAGAAAUCAAAAUCCAAUUCAAAGCAUGACGACUCUAAACAAAAGGAUAAUCAUUCGGCAGAUCAUAACGUUGAGUCAAACGGUGAUGUUUUUGUUGUGGACACUGCUAACAGUCCACCAAGUCCAGCUAUAAUACCGAGAUCGUACACGGAGGGAUCGAGAAAAAGUCUUCCAAAAUCUAGAUCUAAGACUGACAGAACUCUUUCUGUUAAUUUUGAUGAUAAGUCGUCUCGCAAUAAGAAGGGAAAAAGUCGAUCAUAAAAGUUAGUUAGAACUUUAAGAUUAAGUUGACUAGUUUUUACCUUUGUUUAACUUGGAAUUGAAUAAAUCAUAUGUCAUUACGAGAUGCACCACUAGUGGUAAAUGGUAAUAGUUUACUGUCUUUCAUUUAUCUGUAAUAGUCCACCACAAGUUCCAUCUCGUGUUGUUGAUUUAUUUGAACAUGAAUUUAUCCGGCUUCUGAACCAUGACAUUUUUUCCGUUUAAAGUAUUUAUGAUUUUUAAAUUUUAUACAUCACGUUGAGAAUAUGAUGAUUUGAUUUUUAAAACAAUGUAUUUUCUUUAU